UACAACAUGACCUCUCCAUCACCGGCGUGGAAGCGAGAGCGCCGGUAGGUCCUAUGUCUGCACCUCCUAUCUAUUAAUUGCCCACCAGUAUGUCCUAUCGAUAUCAGGAUGGAGGCGGCGCGGUCGCUACUGCGCUCGGAAUCAGCACAGUCGAACUGUGGCAGCGGAUCUGUUUCCAAGACUGCAACAUGGGCGUCACCAAGCGCCGCCCGCGUGCGCUCCCGCCCUAGUAAUUUGCGCUCUGGAUUGAGGGCUAGUCCCUCGUUCCCGCUUAGUCGUCGGGACGCUUCAACGUUGCUGCGCACGCCCGCAGAGAGAAUUACAAGGCCGGUGGUGCAGUCGUGGACGACGCAGGCCACCCAGACCGAGGACGGAAGCGCAGACACAGAGAUGAAUAGUACACAGAGACUGCAUUCUGGGUCAGAAAUCCACCUCGGAGCAUUUGGGGAAGUGGGGACGAUGACGGCCGAGACAGUCGACUUUUUAAUCCGCGUGCUGGAAGACAGGAAGCAGGAGCUAUUGGUAAGUGGAGAAGGCACAGAGAUUCAAGUGAAGGCGCGUUAUGCUGUCUCAGAGAACGAGGAGGGUCCAUCGAAAGAGGGACUAAACUCUCCGUCCUCGAAAGUCGCCCGGUUCCAACUUGACUCAGCGAGCAAUGGCGAGGCCGGUGUCACGGAGUUGGUUCGGUCUGAGUCGUACGAGAGACUUCUGCAGUUGGAGGGAGAUUUAGAGGCGCGUCACAACGAAAUCAUGAACGACGGCUUGCUCGGGACCGCAAUAACACAGACUAGCUUGAAUCCUGCGUCGCAUAAUUAAGUAGUUGACAACACUCGGUGCUGGGCCACGUAUGGCAGCUACAUGGUGGUGUUGUACGCAAGGUCUUCAUCUCCAACCGCACAUAUGGACUAGGCUCAGUCAGUGACUGCGCGGUGGACUGAGAAGAAGACAGAGAUGUUGUCGGGUUUAACUCUCAAGAUACUUGCCCAACGAUGCUAUUACAGCCUGGUUUCCCGCUAUCUGGACAUUUUGUGGAUGCAGGCGCAGCAGUACAGGUGCUCCUACAUACCGCCUGUCAAUCCAGCGUUCGCUCCACAAGUUGCAUGGUGCAUCCUAGAUGAUAUUGUGCAAGCAGGGCAUCAACCGAGGCUGCGUGAUGACGCCGGUGUGGACAGCGAAUAAGGUAGUGGUGAUCACAAAUCAGGGAAGUUUGCUCUGUACUAUAAGAGCAACAUUUUGACAACCGGGUCUACGAGAUAAAGCGCCCAGGUUGGCGCAAUAUCCUCUAGCUCUUCAGCCCAGGUGAUAAAGCGCAUCAACAAAGAUGGUGUGCUUCAUCUGAAUAGUCACAUGUAAGCAUAUGCACUUAGUACAUGUCGUGUACUAUCGAACUUUGUCCCUCACUUUGAAUCGAAGUGAGGCACAUUUACUAAUAAAUAAUAACGGC